AUGUCUCUAAGCCCGUUGCCUCGUGUGUUGCGGGCAAAAGCCCUGUGCCGAGCGCUGCCAUCCCUCACCGUCAGCAAAAACGCAGCUCUUCGCGCGUUCCACUCGAGUCCAGAUUGCCUUACCGACGGCGUUUACAAGGAGCUGACGGAAAUGCGAGUUCGGACACCCUGGAUAGAGGCGCUACGAAGGAAGAAACAAGGGGGAACCGACCCUGACGCAUCAGACGUGGAACGUGUUAAGCCCGACCUGACCCCGAAGAAGAUGUCGGAUAGUUAUGUCAGAGUUGUUCUGCCGUUGUCUCAAGAUCCGUGGCUGCUUGACACCUAUGCCAAUUACACGGGGCAGAUCCGUACGGGCAGUCUGCUCAUGGACUUGGAUGCGUUGGCUGGCGUCGUGGCGUACAAACAUACCGGUGAGGGAGUGAGCAACGUGACGGCCGCCGUCGACCGUAUCACCAUCAAGAAUCCCAUUCGAGAGAUCUGCGAUCUGGAAUUGAGUGGACAAGUCUCGUUUGCGACCGGCAGGAGUAGCAUGGAGGUGACGCUUCAGAUUGCCAAAGCGUCUCAGGAAGGCCAGCCAGUCGCGCCGGAGGACGUUUUCAUGACUUGUGCCUUCACCAUGGUGGCAUUGGAUCCGAAGACCAAAAAGCCGGUCAACAUUGCGCCGUUGGAAGUCACUACCCCGGCUGAAAAGGCUUUGUUCGCCCAGGGCGAAGAGAAUUAUCGAAAGAAAAAGAUGAUGAAGUCUUCUCAUAUUCUGGCCAAAGCCCCUGAUGCAGAAGAAUCCGCGCUCAUCCACAAGAUGUGGACGGAUUCGAUGGCGUACCGGGAUUCCCAAAAUCCAAAGCACCAGCCGCCCAAUGUGCAGGCCAUGUCGAAGUCGACCAUUCACAGCACGCAGAUCAUGCAGCCGCAGAACAGGAACCGCCACGACUUCAUGAUCUUCGGCGGUUUCCUGCUGAAAACCACCUUUGAGCUAGCCUUCACAUGCGCCGCGUCGUUCUCGCACACGCGCCCUCGCUUCCUGAAUCUCGACCCGAGCACGUUUGAGGAACCGGUCCCCGUAGGCUCGGUGCUGUACGUUUCAGCCAGCGUAUCGUACACGGAGCCGGAUCCCACGGGCGGAACCCGCAUUCAAAUCAUGGUCCGCACGCACGUGAGACCGGUCGAGCAUCAAGAUAAAGAGAGGAAGUCCACUGGCACAUUCUACUACACAUUUUUCUCGCCCGACAACAUCAGCGUCCUGCCCCAGACGUACGGUGGGUUCAUGGAAUGGGUGGCCGGGAGAAGGCGGGCGCAAAGCCUCGCCGCCACCCUCGAGGCCGACCAGCAUCCUGUUCUUGCGAACUUGCACACCGACGCCCUGACCGAGUGA